AUGGCGAGGCCGCAGCAACGGCGCGGCGGGUUCACGGUGAAGGCUCGCAAAUUAAUGGCCUUGUGCGCAGGUGGAGUUCUUCUCCUGUCCAGUGGCAGUGCAUUCGCGGAUACUCUCGGCGGAGGACUGUUGGCGCGGAAGUUGAGCGAGGGUUCUCCGUUAUCUCCCCCCGAGAUAGUGACUUGUUCUGCACCAGCGAAACAGAGGGGCGCCGUUGUCGAGCGCCACACGGUCGUCUUGUCCGAGAGUAAACUCUCCACCACGAUCAAAUGCCCACCUGGCGGUAAAUCUGUACCAACCGAACUCUCACAAGUGUGUUACCCUUUGAAUCAGGAAUCGUUUGAAAGCUGCAAGUCUAGUGGAACGGUCUUGAAAGAACUUCUCGAGACCAACAACCCUGUGGCAUGGGCAGAGCCCGAGCCGAAGAGUGAACCAGCGACAAGGACAUUGAGCUUAACCAAGGAAGACUUGCCCUUCGCCGACAAAUCCUUCUUCGUCGGCUGCGACAAGUCGGAAGCCCCGAACACACCGUGCCAGAUUGACAUCACCGUGAGGGCGAGAUCUUCGACUGUUGACAAAAACGUCGUCACAUGCGCCUACGGCGCAGAGAGCAAUCCCCGUGCCCUGCAAGUCCGGAUUACAAAGGAGAACAACACACUCACCAUUGCGUGUGGAAAAAAUGGAACUAUCAAGCCGGCGAUCUAUCAAGAUUGCUACUGCGAGGACGAGAAGCUAUCGCAGUGUUCCAGGAGCUACAAGGAUAUUUUGCCCAGGUUCGACAGCUCGUGGUGGACAAAGGAGGGAGAGGCACCCGCGGCUGAGACGUUGACGCUGACGAUUCCGAAGGAGGAAUUUCCGGCUGAGGAGCAGAAGUUUUAUGUUGGCUGUGCUCUCAUUUCUCAGGGAGAUGACCAGAGAGUAUCUGCUGUCUCUGAGGGAAUCCGAGAGGAAAACGAGGCUUCCGCCAAGGGUCCGACGGUGUGCAAGGUGUUGGUGACUGUAAGCACUGCAGCCACUCCGUCUCAUGCAGGCUCCGCUUUGCAUCCUGUUGCUGCUGUGAGUGCGGCUACAGCCGUCGCAGGUUUGUGGUCUAACGCUUUGUAA